AUGGCCGACACAAAAGCCUCAGAUACUAAUGUUCUCCUUAUUCCUGCCUCCGUGCAAUCUAUUAUUCUUCCAGAUCAAAACUUAUCUGUCUCGUCAUUCCUCCAAUUUUCACUUCCGUCAGCUUCAAUUACCACCGCUCCACCACUGCGCAAAUACUUUAGUACUGACUGCCCGCCCAAGGACAGCUCCAAGUCAUAUCUUAAUUAUCUCCGUGCGCAGCCCCUUCCCCGCCUUUCGGUUCUGCACCAGCUCCUAGAAGGCGUGCAACGUGCAAGAUUAGGCGGUAGCCAGUCUAUUGUCUAUGCCCAUGCCAACCUCAAUCAAUCUUUUCCGUUCUGGAUCCUGACAUAUUGGCGCCAAGCCCAUACUCUCCUUGACAUCCAAAGUAAAUGGCGACAGGCAGGAGCCUUCCUCACCAAGUGUCAACCUAGUCAAGAUGAAGAAGACACAUGGCUCGAUGAGAUGCUAGCAGGUAAACCAGCGGAGGAUUCGGCCUUCGACAUUGAAGCAGAUGCAAACCUUCAUGCACCAAUUGUUACCAAGGCCUUGUCUGAUGAACGCAUGGACAGUCCUGUCAACGGCUUUGGUAGCGCUCAAGACGAUUCUGCGGAGGAUGAUGCUGACCUAGAAGGCAUGGACACCGAGUGGAGCGAAGUUUGGUAG